AUGGGCCCGCCCGCUUUUGUUAAUGCGAAUCAGCUACAUGAUACGGGCGCGUUGAAUUCGACGUCCAAAGAUGCUGCGCCAGUGGGCAGGAGAAGGAGUUCAAGCCCGAAUCAUAACGUACAGCAGCAGCAGCAGCAGCAGCAGCAGGGCCAGGCGGCCAGUAGCUCUUCGGCAGCUCUACAGCCACAGCAACAACCGCAACCGCAGCCGCAGCCGCAGCCGCAACGUGUUCCGCCAUUUCUGAACAAGCUGAGAAGCAUGGUCGACGACCCGUCCACCGACUCGCUCAUAACCUGGCAACCCACCGGCCUAACAUUCAUAGUCCCCAACCACGUCCGUUUCGCCAAAGAGGUCCUCCCUCGCUUUUUCAAGCACAACAAUUUCCCUUCCUUCGUCCGACAGCUCAACAUGUACGGCUUCCACAAGGUGCCUUCUUUACAGCAGGGUAGUCUGAAACACGAGCAGGACAUGGAGGUGUGGGAGUUUGAGGAACGACACUUCCAGAGGGAUAGGCCGGAAUUGAUGGGUUUGAUGCAGAGGAAGAAGGGGGGAAAG